GUCAGUCCAAAUCAACUCUCCUAUGGACCCAGAUUGAGCCGCAAUGUCAGCUGGACCAGCCCAACCCAACAUCUACGCACCCAUCCGCACAUCUCACAGCGGCUAUCCAUCCCCGACACACUCUGGUUCCUCCACGCCCGCGUCGCUGGAAUUCUCCGAUGGUCGAUUGCCGGAAAGCAAUGUCGAGAGAGAUAUGAGCAAGGUCGCGGAGAGGGUCGCCCUUCUGGGCGAGGUGGAUGACGGAGCAGUCAUCGUGGAAGGCGAAGAUAAAAUAACCAAGUUCGUGUGGACGCUGGUGUUGGCUGCUGCGAUCUCAGGCUUACUAUUCGGCUAUGACACGGCCGCCAUCUCCGGUAUGCUGGUCAUUAUCAAGGACGAUCUUGGCACAAUAUUAUCAAGCUGGCAAAAAGAAGCGAUCACCUCUGCCACAACUCUCGGUGCAUUAUUAGGAGGUCUUGCCGCAGGUUGCAUUUCAGACUUUACAGGUCGAAGGCUCGUUAUUGUGUUUGCCAACGUCGCUUUUAUCGGUGGUUCUAUCUGUCAAGCAGCUUGCCACACUGUGGCAGUGAUGAUCGCCGGUCGAUUCAUCGUUGGACUUGGUGUCGGUCUCGCGAGCUGUAUUGUGCCAUUGUAUAUUGGAGAGCUGGCGCCUACCAUGAUUAGAGGACGAUUGGUUACCAUUAACUGUGUCGCUAUCACUUUGGGUCAAGUCGUCGCUUACGCUAUUGGUGCCAGUUUCCAAAAUGCGCAUAAUGGUUGGCGAUGGAUUGUGGGACUUGGCGCGAUGCCGUCGUUUGUUCAACUCGCUUCAAUCGGUUUCCUUCCCGAAUCACCCCGUAUUCUUCUGCUCCGCUCUGACGUUGCUGGCGCACGAGCUAUUACUGCCAAGAUCUACCCUCUCGCAAAAGUCGAGCAGGUUGACAGAAAAGUCGAGAUCAUGAAAGCUGCUGUCGAUCAGAGUAUCGAGUAUAACGCCAAUUCUACAUGGUUUGAGAGGCUCAAGAGUUUGGUUAUGGUUGGUACCAAUCGACGAGCGCUAAUCAUCGGAUGUGGAUUGCAAGCAGCCCAACAACUAUGCGGUUUCAACACUCUGAUGUACUAUUCUGCAACCAUAUUCGCCAUGCUUGGAUUCAAGAAUGCUACAGCCGUCGGAUUGAUCGUCGCUACUGUCAACGUUUUGUUCACCCUCGUCGCUCUCAAGAUUGUCGACCCUGUGGGACGACGAAGAACUAUGCUUUUCACCCUUCCUAUUAUGACCCUCGCCCUCGUCCUCGCGGCUAUCUUCUUCUACUACCUCACACUCUCCACCAACGGCAUCCUCAUCGAGGACCACGACUACCCCCGCUCUUUAUCCAUCCCCGUUCUCCUUUCCAUGCUCCUCUAUGUCGCGGGCUACGCAACCGGUCUCGGUAACAUCCCCUGGCAACAGGGAGAGCUCUUCCGACUCGAAGUAAGAGGAAUCGGUACGAGUAUCUGUACGGCCGUGAAUUGGAGUUGUAAUAUGUUGAUUGCGAGCACGUUUUUGAGUUUGAUGGAUGCUGCAACGCCAAGUGGGGCGUUUGGGAUUUAUGCGGGGUUUUGUGUGAUUGGAUGGUUGUUUUGUUGGAUGCUGUAUCCUGAGACUUCCGGACUUUCAUUGGAAGAAGUAUACUUUGUUUUCGAAGAAGGGUUUGGGAUUGAAAAAUCUCAGCAGCUGCGCAAGCAGAAGCUGGAAGAAUCUGCCAAGCUCAAAGCCAUAUUUGAGUAAUCAGAUUUUCAAAUUGUCAUCUGUUCGACAAGCUGGACUUUCCUUUUCGAAUUGAUAUUUGAGUGCAAAAGACAUUUCUUCUUCAUACUCCCUUAUUUUAUCGUCAAUUCGGUUUUUUAUGAUUUAAAUUUUCCUUUCACUCAUUUCAGUACGAACAUUGAGACAUCAUUACCCUACCAUUCCCAAUACAUUAAUCACCUGAUUGUUGCUUGUUUUAUAUCUUUUAC